AUGCCAUCUGCUACUUCGCUGGAAUUGGACUCGGACGUCGCCAUCCACCACGAGAUCACCGCGGUGGUCGCCUUGGCGUUGCUCAUCGUCGCCGUCGAGAGCGCCCUGGGUGACAUGACGCUCAUGACGUACGAGCAGGUCAAGGAGGAGGAGCGCUGCGCCAUGUGCCAGUCCGAGUACGGUCAGGACAGCGAGCUGGUGCCAGCCUGCGGGCACUUCUUCCACGCGAGGUGCGACGUCGACAGGUGGCUCCGGAAGUGCCCGCUCUGCCGCGGCGGGCUCUGCCCGCAGCCGCUGCCGGGGUUGCCACGGCCGGAAUGCCCGCCAAUGCCACCGCGACGGCCAUCUGACUAG